AUGCCCAGAAGUAAUGAUCAAUUAUUUAUUAACGACCAUGAGAUUAUACCAUUUCAAGAUAAUAAUAAUUAUUAUUAUUAUAUGACUCAUACAAAUUCAGACUGUGAAUUUUACAUACAACAAAGUCAACAGCAACUGCAUCAACAUUCAGAUAUUCCAGUUCAUCAUUCUAAUUCAAAUUAUGUAACUAUGAAUAAGUUGUUAAUGUUGAGUGGAUCAAAUUUUUUACAAAAUCAUGAUUAUUUUACUCUUGGAUUAGAAAAUAACAUAUUUCCUUCACGAAAUAACCUAGAAAAUGUUAAUUCUUCAUUUUCGAAUAAUGAUACUGCUAUAAGUAAGAAUGAAUUGUUUGAUAUCAGUGAUAAUUUAAAAACAAAUCAUAAUGACGUACUUAGUAGUAUAACUAAUGAAUCAUGUUCAGAAUAUAUUCAUAGUGUUUUUGAUAAAGAUUUUCAAUCGGUUGCUAAAGUACGUGAAAGACGCAGAAUGUUCAGUAUUAAUUCGGCAUUUGAAGCUCUGAGAUCAUGUUUACCAACAUUUCCAUAUGAAAGACGAAUCUCUAAGAUCGAUACAUUACGACUUGCUAUUGCGUAUUUAGCAUUAUUGAAAGACCUAUUAGCCAAUAUGGAAAUAACGAAUCCAGAACAAGAUGUAGGAAGAGGUCAACUAGUGGUACAGUUCAUGAUUAAACGUCUCAAUUCAUCUAAAAGGCACGAACUUAGUUGGUAUACUAGUGAUUUAAUUGCACGUCUAAAUUGGAUACGCUGGGAUCGACUUGGUUACAGUGGUAAAAUUGACUGGUCAUCUUCGAUUCAUUCCGAUUGCCAUCAGUAA